AUGAACAGCGGGUCCGCAGGAAGGCUGGCCGUGGGGAGAGUGAAAUUCUUCGGCCAGCACCGCGGGGAGGUCAACUCCUCAGCCUUCUCUCCCGACGGCCAGAGGCUGCUCACAGCCUCUGAGGAUGGCUAUGUGUACGGCUGGGAGACCCAGAGUGGGCGGCUGCUGUGGAGGCUGGGUGGCCAUGCAGGCCCCAUCAAGUUCUGCCGCUUCUCCCCUGAUGGCCACCUUUUUGCCACGACCUCUGGUGACUGUACCAUCCGCCUGUGGGAUGUAGCAGAAGCCAAGUGUCUGCAUGUCCUGAAGGGUCACCAGAGGAGCGUGGAGACGGUUAGCUUUAGCCCUGACUCAAAGCAGCUGGCAUCGGGUGGCUGGGACAAGCGGGUGGUGCUCUGGGAGGUGCAGUCUGGCCAGAUGCUGCGCCACUUAGGAGGGCACCGAGACUGUGUCCAGAGCAGUGACUUCGCACCCAGCUCAGACUGCGUGGCCACUGGCUCCUGGGACUCUGCUAUCUGCAUCUGGGACCUGCGGACGGGGACCCCAGUGACCUCCCACCAAGAGCUGGAGGGCCACAGUGGCAACAUCAGCUGCCUGUGCUACUCAGCAUCCGGCCUCCUGGCUUCCGGCUCCUGGGACAAGACCAUCCACAUCUGGAAGCCUUCCACCAGAAACCUGCUUGUUCAGCUCAAGGGCCAUGUCACCUGGGUGAAGAGCAUAGCUUUCUCCCCUGAUGGGUCACAGCUAGCCAGCGCUGGCUACUCCCAUAUGGUCAAAGUCUGGGACUGCAACACAGGAAAGUGCAUGGAGACUCUGAAGGGAGUCCUGGAUGUGGCCCACGCCUGUGCCUUCACCCCAGAUGGGAAACUCUUAGUGUCUGGAGCUGCUGAUCAGGCAAGAUGCCAACUCCGAUGCACGAUCAAAUCACCCAGAGCCUCUCAGAUAUAA